AUGCUGCAGAAGAUAGCCAACGGUGAGCACAACAACUACACCACAAAUUCACAUCGUUUGCCCCGAUAUCCUGGUCGGCAGAUGCACUUCGGCUCACCACGAGCCGUCUUAAUACAUUUUGCACCAUGCACACAUAAGUUGAGACAAAUGUCUGAAAACAAGUCGAGCGGUCAACAUCAUUCAGCCGAAAUUCUAUCGCGAUAUUCGGCGAAUUUUGAUUCGUUUCACCGGCCAAGACCACUGAAGUGGUAUAUCCUUCGAAUGGAACACCGCAAAUAUGGUUUUGGAACGGAAAUUGCAAAGGUAGUUAACGUUGUGAUUCAAAUGCUUCACAUGAAACGUUGGAAGUAUUUUUUUUGCAGUGUAGAGAAAAUCAAUAGACUGUUGAGCAAAAUUUGUGUUGAAAUGGUGCGCAGAAAUAAUUUGAGCGUUUGCGCUGAUCUAAAAAUGCUUUGCAUAUAA